AUGAAUGCCCUCAAGGACAAGAUUCGGAAUUUGAUCAAUGCCGCAAUGGCCAGCAAGUCUGGGCCAAAACGCAUCCUUGCAUUUGAUCCCAAUGCACCAGGCCGUCGUCUUUUUCCCUCUGAUACGCCAAAGAACAACGGACAUUGGGAAAUCCGGCUUGACGCAGGAGAACGCCGAAAGGAUAACCCCAACUUAGUGGCUAUACACCUUCAAAUCAACCGAGAAGCCAAAACUAAAGGACUUAAAGACCUGUUAAAAUCCAAUGGAACGCACCACACGUACUCGACAGCAUGGGUUGAUGUAACACAGCCACCUACUCAGGCAGCUGCCGACAAACUCAUUGAUGACCUGAUUGAAAAUCUGGAAGUUUAACCGAAGUGCAAAUUUUUCUUUUCACCUUGCAAUGUCUUCAACUUUGGCUUUGAACCUAGGAGGGAUAAUUAUUUUUGCAUAGCUACAUUUAUGUAUUUAAGGAUAACUAUCUAUAUGUAUGUAUUGAAUAUUCAAAGGCUGUAUUUUUUUGCUUUAUGUUCUCGUAGAGAAGGUAUAAUUAGCUAGAACCCAGAGCAAAUGUUACAAAUGCUCAGUAGUGACUAGAACUUACUAAAAUGAUAAACGUAAUAUUACAAUAACAUACUAUCUCUAUAUUUUGUCUGGCAUUAGUAAUCUCAGAAGAAGUAAAUGAAAUAAACUUUAAAAUAUAUGAAUUCGGUAAUUAGGCUAGUCAACCUUAACUUUGCAUA